AUGAAAGCUGGCGAAUAUAUAUACAAGAAAGGAGAUGAAGGCGAAGAUAUUCUUACCGAUGUGUACUGGUCAGAAAUAUCCUCCAAGCGUAGCAGUCCUAUUGCAAUUAUCUACCAUGCGGGUGGUUUUGUCAAAUGGUCCAAAGACGUCGUUCCGAAAUCAGAGAUCUCUACUCUAACAGAUCUAGGGUUUGUGGUAUUAGUACCAAACUACAGACUAUGUCCACAAAUCUCUGUCUUCAAUGGGCCGAUCGCGGAUUCUAGAGACUGUUUGGUAUGGGCAGCCAACGAGCUGCCCGGGUUGUUGCAAAAUGAGUCAGUGGAAGUAGACCGGAAUCGAAUUGUUGCUAUGGGACACUCUGCAGGCGGGACAUUAGCUCUAUUGAUGGGGUCUGCACCGGAAGUCCCAGUCAAAGCGGUUCUUGACUUCUAUGGCCUCAAAUACUUUUCUGAUCCGACGUGGCGACUACCUAUUCCCGAAUUUGAACAAUCACCCUCUUGGUCACAGGAGUACAUUGACAAGAUUUAUGAGGGGCACCAAGUUUCCGCAUCGCCGCGCUUCUUGGGGGAUGGUACUCUUCCUCCGAGGGAUGCCUGGUUUGCUACUCAUAUGAAACAGGGAACCUUGUUGGACGAACUAGUCAAGAAUGAAGACAAGAGUACUAUUGACGGUACUGUUCGGUUCUCGACCUUGUUUCCACAAACCAUGUUUAUUCAUGGAACAGCUGAUAAAGUGACGCACCAUCGUUUUAGUGAACGGGCUCAUGAAGAACUGAAGAGGUUGGGGGUCGUUACAGAUCUAUUGCUAGCAGAUGGUGAGGAUCAUGUGUUUGACUUGACCUUGGAGGAAGACGAUCUGAAGUUUGUUCAGUAUGUCUUACCAGGGUUGAAGUUCCUUGCCCGGGCAGUAGGAUUGCUGUAA